AUGGCCGCCGGUAUUAGCGACCAAAUCGCCGGAGUUGGAUCGGCGUCCAAGCUGAUAAUGUACAACCACGACGCGGUGGUGCGGUUGGUGAGUGCAUGGGAGAUCGAAUUCGUUGUGGUUUCCAGCUUCCUCCUGCAGGUUAUCGCGCUGUUCUUGGCCGGGUACCGGCGGCGCAGCGACUCCGCCGUGGUGAAAUUCAUCGUCUCGUACUCAUACCUGAUGACCGACUCCGCCGCCACGUACGGCCUCGGCCACCUCUCGGUGAACUCUCGGCCGCCGGAGCGGCAGCAGCUGGUGGCGUUCUGGGCGCCGUUCCUGCUGCUCCACCUCGGCGGGCCGGACUCCAUCACCGCCUACUCCCUCGAGGACAACAAGCUCUGGAAGCGCAUUCUGCUCAAGGACUUUGCCACGCAGGUCCUCGGCGCCGCCUACGUCCUCUACAAAACUUUCACCGCCGGCAGCGGGCCGUUGCUUUCGGCGGCGUGGCUGAUAUUCUCCGUCGGCGUGGCCAAGUACGCCGAGAGAAUAUGGGCGCUCUACAACGGGAACAUCAGCACCAUCCGGACCGCUGUCGACAAGCAGAACGCGGCCGCCGCCAAGGAGAACGCCAUCGACGACGACGACGACGACAGUGGCAGUGAACCGCAACAGGCACGUCGAGUCCCCGGCAUUGAUGGAAAUGGCGAUCGAUCUCCGGAAGACCUCCUGCUCUUUGCUCACUCCCAGUUCGAGGUAUGCAAGAGCGUCUUGGUUGACUCCUCGUCGGGGGAGAACACAUCGUAUCUUCGCAAAACAAUAUUCUCCGACGAGUGGGACUGGAAGGAGAAAUGGACGGUGUUCCAGAUGGAGGUCUCUCUGCUCUACGACAUCAUGUACACCAAGGCCGGUGUCAUCCACACCUGGUAUGGCUACUGCCUUCGCGUGUUUUCGCCGCUGGCCACCGUCACCUCCUUGGUGCUGUUCCAUCUCAGUCGCAGCACAGGCACGGGUACCGCCAUGGACUCCACUCCGGUGUUGGUCGACGUCGUCAUCACCUACGUGCUGCUGGCUGGCGCCGUCGUGCUGGACAUGGUGUCGCUGCUGUCGACGGCCGGAUCGGGCUGGGCGUACGCGUUCAUGGUGUUCCGCAUGCCGCCGAGAGGCGCGAGGCACGGGUGGCUGUACCACGCGGCCGUCUGCAGCGGGAGAUGGCGUCGGCUCCAUCGCUGGCUGGAGUCUGUCCGCGACCUCGUCGGCGGCGCCGGCAGGAGAAAGUGGUCCGGCGCCAUUGGGCAGUACAACUUACUGCAAUGGUGUAGUGCUACUAGCAAGCAGAGGAAGUACUCCAGCACCAGCGUAGAGAUCCCUCAAGAUGUCAUGAAAUUGCUCUUCGAGGAUCUGAUCAAAGUGAUUCUGAGGACGAAGAAGACUGAGGAUGAUCAGAAGAAGCCUAUGGUGACGGCACGCCUUCGUGUUCUCGGGCAGAAGAGCCAAAGCCAUGUUCAUCUGCAGCAGACCAAAGUGAGCAUGCCGUCAGAAGGACGAACAGGGGAUCCGAACGUACCCGUGGGUUCUACUGGAUUAAUAAAGGUUGUCCAGGGUAUGUCCAUACUGAAGCUGAACGAGUUGGUUCCUCGUCUCGGGCGGUUCAUCCGCGCCGACAUCCAGGAGGGCAUCCUUAUCUGGCACAUCGCCACCGACAUGUACCUCCGGACUCCCCAUUUCGCCAUGGGAUCACAAGAUGAGGAGACGGCCAAGCAUGUCAGAGCAAUCAACCUUGUCUCCAACUACAUGAUGUUCCUGGUGCUGGAACGCCCGUCGAUGGUGCCCGGCCUGGCCCUUCGCAAGCAGUUCCAGGUGACUUCCAAUCGGCUGUUGCGACAUGUCGCCGAAGCCAACGGCGAUCCUGACAGGCUUGCUGACAUCCUGACCAAGGAGGAGGUCAAGAAAAGCGAGCAGGGGAAAAAGAAAGACCUUCGAGGCAACGCCCUGCGGCUUGCAGCCAUGCUUGCACGACAGCUCAACGCCCUGAAUUCUGAAGAAAAAUUCAGCAUGCUGCAAGUUCUGUUCGAGAUCUGGGUGGAGAUGCUGCUCUAUGUCAGCCACCGGUGCAGCAGGGAGUCGCAUGCCCAGAAGCUCAGUGAAGGCGGCGAGCUCACGACCGUCAUCUGGAUCAUGGCGGAACAAGCUGGUAAGUUCUACAUUGAUAGUCAGCAGAGUGGUGAAGACGAUGUCGACAAAAAUGAAGACAAAGAUCCAGACAGAAAGAUGAUCGAUAAGAAAUUAUAUACUGGAUGA